AUGGUCUGCAAGAGGCUCCUCCACCAUGUCGCCUCCUUCCCCGUGAGUCUCUCAUUGAUCCCCAUGAGUCUCUCAUUGCUCCCCGUGAGUCUCUCAUUGCUCCCCGUGAUUCUCUCAUUGCUCCCCGUGAGUCUCUCAUUGCUCCCCGUGAGUCUCUCAUUGCUCCCCUUCAGUCUCUCAUUGCUCCCCGUCAGUCUCUCAUUGCUCCCCGUAAUCCAUGGUAAGGUUCUUCUCUGGGUGCUGAGCUUUGAAGCGGUCAUGGUCACGGCUGACUUGGAGCCCAUGACGCUGCCUAUCAACCCCCAAGACCCCUCGCUCACACGUCCCUCGGGAGCGCUCUCUUUGUUCCUCAGGCACGCGCCUCACACGCCCCUUAAUGUCCUUCUCAACAGCUCACAGGACCUGCACUGCCUCGGCCGUCUCUUGGGUCCCUCUGCACGCUCCCUCACAAACCUGUCCCUUGGGCUCAGGGAAGCUUUCGAGAGAGUUGAGCCUAUCAUGAGGGAGUUGCAGCAUCUGGGCGUUCUUGAGGAGUUUGUGCCUAUGAUCGAUCAGAAUCAGCCGAUGAAUCCGGCCGUUCUCGAGGAGUUUCAGCAGCUGCAUCGGCUGAAUUUAGGCCGUGGGAUCUGGCAACUAGGCAAGCUGAAUCCAGCUAGUUUCGGGGCUUUAAGGAGUCUCAGCGUCCACGAUUUCGAGUGCGGCAAAAAAUCUCUGUCCUUUCUUUCGUCGGUCACACCGCAGCUGCAUGAACUCGCUCUCGCCGCCUCCAACAAAAGCUCUGGCUUUACCACCGUCACCCUCGAUUUCAAGCUCACCGCUGCUCGAUCUAUCACAGUCUGCUUUGACCAUCAAUCGCUCCACCUCCGCUUCGCCCUGCCUGCCUCGUUGAAGGCCUUCUCUGCCACUGCGUUGGUUCUCAACGUGGAUUGCACAUGCAACAGCCGGCUCUCUCUCGACUCGCUCUCUCUCAUUGGCUACUCGCAGCUUCUCGUUUCUUCGCUCCCAUUGGCUGCCGCCAAAUCCGUCUACUUGAACGGAGGAGCAAGCACCCAAGAAGACCAGUGGCGUGCUUUUCCCGGUUCCAAUCUCGAACCCCACCGCACCGUGACCAACCUGCUCAGUAGGAUAGCGCCAACCGUGGAGGAGCUUGUGUUGAGGUACGGCUGGCCUCUGGAGGGCGUGCGUGUGGAGUGGAGCCGCCUGCGUUGCGUUUUCGUUGGUAUAGAUCCACAUGAUGGCAGUGGGGGUGGCAGUGGUGGGCAUCUGGCGUGCUUCUAUAGCUGUGGUGCUGUGGUGUCAUAA